UUCAUCGGUAAGAUCUUCAGUUCUGGUUCUCCUCUGAUAUUUGACCGACACAUCAAGGGACUAAACAUAUCAGAAGGAACUCACUGUUAUCGGCCACCCAGUGUGCAGUAAAAGUGUUCCUGGAGUAACAGAAGACAAAGUGAUAUUGAGCGAGAGACACAUAGACACAGAAAGAGAGAGAGCGAGUGGAGAAGGGAUUUCUUUCGGAGGGAUUUCCCAACCCAAGGAAACGGAGGUGCACAGUCCGACUGUCAGAGCCAUGGACAGACGCUGGAGGUAAAACAUGACAUCUGGAACCAGCUGAAGCUGUCAGGCUUCAUGUCUCCAUCCUCCCCUAAGGGAGGACAAGAAGAUGAGUGUCACCAACCAUCACUCCUUCAACAUCCUGAUCAUCCUCCUCCUUUCCACUGCAGCUUUCUCUGCACACUUUCGGGUGUGUGAACCGUACUCCGACCACAAAGGCUAUCACUUUGGAUUCCACUGUCCCCGUCUGUCAGAUAAUAAGACCUACAUGUUCUGCUGUCACCAUAACAAUACAGACUUUAAAUAUUGCUGCAACGAAACCGAGUUUCAGACGGUCAUGGGUGUCAAUCUGACAACCUCUCCGGAUGGUUACGCACACAACAAUUACUCUGCAUUAAUCGGCGUGUGGAUCUAUGGAUUUUUCGUAUUGGUGCUAUUAGCGGUGGACUUCCUAUACUAUUCUGCUAUGAACUAUGAAGUGUGCAGGGUGUAUCUGGAGAAGUGUGGUCUCGGGGGACGCUGGUUGAAAAAGGCCCGAAGUCAAUGGCACGCCUGUGCCCAGGAGGAACAAGACGCGGGAGCGACCCGCCCCGCGGCACCUUCAGAACCUCAGGAGUCCCAUCAUCAGUUUAGCUGUGGACACACCCUGACAAGACACAGCCUGACGGAGGGAACACAGGGCUCGACACAGAUCACACGCAACACAGCAACGGCCUGAAAGACCAAAUACGUUGGAGUCCCCAAGUGAUGAAGUGCAUCAUUGGAAAUGUAGCACAUGUUUCCUACCACAUGGAUUUAAGUGUGGGUCUGUUAGCCCUAAGAUAUUCAAUGUGGUCCAAAUCUCACUGAGCACAAGCUUCAACCCCUCUACAAAUCGAGAACCUCAACUCAAAACCACCACAGAACCUUUAAGGAGCAAAAGGGAUUCCAUCAGGAGAAGGGAACUUCUAAACAGCAGUUGUAUGGAUAUGUGGAACUCCAGGAAUGGACUUCUUGUUGAUGUGAGACACUCAUGGGCACCAAAACUUGAGUCGGCACAAAACUCGCCCACGGACACUCGACUCGAUUUCUGCCAUUUCAUGAGCUUGCCAGGAUAAAAGUAUAAAAGUGUAGCUGUGUGAUGUUUAUGUAUUCAUAGACAGGAGAUCUUCUAGAAGUAUCAGGAGAUGGAUGGAAGUUAUCAAGCAUUCUCACUACCCAUUAUUCCUCUAAUAACCAACCGUUUUGAGGUAAAUAUUACAGUAACUGCAGAUCAGAAUAUCUGAGAUUAAAUGUACACUUAUGCUUCAUGAUGUCAUAGAAGAACCAAUUUAUGGCUGAACUGUUCGGUAAAGAAACUUUAACAUUUGAAGAAGAAAUGAUUAUUUAUAUAAUAAAAAGGUUUAAAAGAAAUGGUUCUUUGACUGAAUAGUUCUUUGAGGAACCAAAAAUGGUUCUUCUAUGGCAUCGGUGUGAAAAACUAUUAAGCACCUUUAUUAAGAGUAAAGGGUAUCUGUUUUUGACUACUGUUGUGAUUAGGAUUUUUCUCAAUUGUGAGAAUCAGUGAAGUAGCAAACGUUUCUCAAUUAGUUUGUUUUUCUAUUGUAUUUAUUGCUCUGAAGAUCAGACGAGAUUUCACCGUUUGAAUGUGAGUGCGUGUGUUUGUGAGUGUGUUUUAUAAGGGUUUUGUUAUGCAGUUUUUGCUCUAUUAUGGACUAUAUAUUAUUAUUGAUUGGUUGAGUUUAUUUACAUUUUAGAUUUUGAGUGAACUGCUGAAAUAAACACAUGUGACUAAUGUUUGAUGUCAUACUCUUUUUCACAUUAGAAAGUCGUACAUCUGUUUUUGUUUUUUAGAUCAAAAAAGUUACAAAGUGAGCAUUGAAAUUAUAUGUUGCAGAUUCAUCAUCUGUUGUAAUUUGUUUAGUGCUAUUUAUCCAAGUAGGACGCCGUUCCUAGACAAACAUCCUCAUUAUUCUCAGGGUGUCUGUUAGCUUUUCCAUUAAUCUCAGUGUCACUUGUUUAACUGGUUCAGCGAAGCAAACAUCCAACCUGCCGCUAUCUUUCUUCAUGGUCUAAAACAAGAAACAGGUUUGAAAUGUCAUGUAACCAAUUUACACUGAAGCAGCAGGAAUUGACCUCAUGUCUCUGCUGAUUGUGACUGGCUGAUGACAGAAUCUCAGAAUCUUUACUAAUGUCAAAAUAGAACAGAAUAGGCAAAGAAUAGAAUAGAAUAGACAUAGAGUAGAAUAUAAUAGACAUAGAAUAGACAUAUGCAUAUAAUAAAUAGGCAUACACAUAGAAUAGACAUAGAAUAAAAUAAAAUAGAAUAGAACAUACAUAGAAUAGAAUAUGAUAGACAUAGAAUAGAAUAUGAUAGACAUAGAAUAGAAUAGGCAUAAACUAGACUAGACCAGACCAGACUAGACUAGAAUAGAAUAGACAUAGGCAUAUAAUAAAUAGGAAUAGACAUAGAAUAGAAUAACAUAUAAUAUACACUCUAAAUUAUGCUGGGUUAAUUUUAACCCAGCGCUGGGUAAAUAUUGGACAAAACACAUGUUGGAUUAAUAAAUAAACAUAUGCUGGGUUGUUUCAAUGCAAUGAUUGGAUGUUUCAACUCAUGGUUGGGUUAACAACAACCCAGCAUAUAACCAAACAUGUGUUCUGUCCAAUAUUUAUCCAGCGUUGGGUUAAAAAUAACCCAGCAGAAUUAAGAGUGUACAUAGAAUAGAAUAGGAUAGACAUAGAAUAGAAUAGACAUAGAGUAGAAUAUAAUAUAC